GAGAUAGUUGGAAAUCUAGUCACCCACUUUGGUAGUGGAUUUGAAGGAGAGACAGAUUCUUCCCUAGAUAUACUGUACCAGCUAGUGGAUAAACACCUGGACAAAAUGGCACCUUUUGCAAUCUUUGUUAAGGUUGUUCUGGACUACCUUGAUAAUCUAAGUGUCCUCCAGAUAAGGAAACUGUACUCACUCCUCAGCACACUGGCAUUCAGAAGUACCCAGGGAGGAAACAUGAUUCAGGAUGAUCUUCACAUCAUAAUAAGGAAGCAGCUGUCCAAUGAUAAUCCAAAAUAUAAGAGAAUGGGCAUCAUUGGAGCUGUAAUGGUGGUAAAAAGUAUCGCAUACAAUCAAAAUGGAGACAAUGAUCCUAGCCAGGUUCCUGCUGGUCCUAUGACAGAGAGCCUGUACAAACAGGUGAUAAACCUGUUACAACUGGUCAAAACCAGCAGCAGCCGGAUGUCCGAGGCCGCCGCUCUCUUCAUGGAUGAGCUGGCUAAUGUGGUGGGCAAAGGUCACCUUGACAGCAAAGUGGAGGAGUGGAUCACGGAGAACGUGACGACGGAUUUCCAGGAUCACUAUGUUGUAGACAUAAAGGAAGCAGACUCAGAGAGUUUGAUAGCCCAGGAUGUGAGGUUUGGUUUGGAUGAUGACAGUGAAGUACCUAUAGGCAUCCCGCUGGUGGUUCUGACUGAGAAAUCUGUCAAGGACAAGAAGAAAACACCGAACCAAAACACAGGAGAGAGCCCAGACCCUAUGUGCUUGUCCCCACACUUCAGACUGCUGCGGAUGUGUGAACAGAGACAGACUGGAAACCUGGAAAACAUCGAUGCCCUGCUGGGUAGGUACAAAUCAGCUGUUCAGUAUCAAUAUCAGGGCCUAAUUGACACUUUUUGGUGCUAGGUCUUAGGUCA